AAUACAAAAACAGCCAAAAAAAAUCCUUCCCGCCAUGUCAGCAACUGAACGCCGCGCGUGAAUCUCGCCAACCGAAUUUCUUCUUACCACUGCCAACCUCCUUCCCUUUCCUUAAACAGACAAUUCCAAUCUCCCCCCACUUCAUUUUUUUAAGAUUGAUUUUCUCAUUCUGAUUCCAUCAUCGUCCCGAUCGUUCCAAUCCUGAUCGUCCAGUCAUAAUUCAUUAAUUUCAAUCCGAGUUCUGCUCAAAAUCCAGAAUUCGUGAUCAACAUCAAUGGCAGCAAACGAGCAACCGGCAAAACCGGUUCUCCAAAAACCGCCUGGUUUCAGAGAUACCAACGCCUCUGGCGGCAAACCAAUCCCGAGACCGCCCGCGGUCCGAAAAGCCCCGCUUCCAGCGUCAUUCCAACCAAGGAGACGGCAAAAAAGCUUAACCCGUAUAUGCUGCUGCAUUUUUUUCCUCAUCUUUUUAUUACUAGUAAUCCUCGUCAUACUCGCGGCCGGGUUUUUUUACAUCUGGUUCGAUCCACGACUCCCUGCUUUUCACCUCCAAUCAUUCAAGAUCUCCUCAUUAAACGUCACGUCGAAACUCGACGGAACUUAUCUGAACGCGGCCACGGUGGCGAGGGUCGAAGUCAGGAACCCGAAUUCCAAGCUAAAAUAUCUAUAUGGCGAGACGAAUGUGGACAUUACAUUGGGUGGGGAUGAGAGUACGCCAUUGGGUUCGAAGAUUUUGCCGGGAUUCGUUCAGAAUAAAUUGAAUACGACUAGUUUAAAGAUCGAGACGAGUAUGAAGAACGAGCUGAUUCAAGACGAAGUGGGAUCGAGAUUAAAAUCGGGAUUUAGAAGUAAAGAACUGGUGGUGAAUGUUCGGGUUAAGACUAAAGUUGGAGUGGAUGUUGAAGGGUUGGAGAGUGGGAUGUUAGGAGUGGAUGUGUUUUGUGGUGGUAUUACUUUGAAGGAUAUUGAUGGUGGUGAUAUGCCUAAAUGUGGUAUUCGGACUCUUAAAUGGAUCAACAUAAAUUGACAAAAAAAAGUGCAAGAAGGAGAAUGAAUCUGAUUGCAGAAAUUUAAAAGAUAAAGACUGAUGAUAGAACAUAUCAAAUUGCAGGCAAUAUUGGUCCUUUUUAAUUUUGAUCAUAUUAAAUAUUUGUAAUUAUUCACAGAUCAUAUGGGAGAUCUAAGAGUAUCAUCAGACAACAUGGGUCCAGAAGUCUUAAUUUUUGGUUCCAUAAUCAAUCAUGAAUUAUGUAAUGUAAUUGGGGAUGGGAAUGGGAUACAUGCAAAAGUAGAUAAUUUUUUUUAAUUAUUUGUUUAAUUAAUUAACUAAUGGUGGUUGAUUUGUGUAUAUUUUCUUUUUGUUUUGAGAA